AUCGUUCCAGUUUCCAUGAUAAUCUUAGACCAUAAACACCUAAAUUUUUGCCUCACCAACUAAAGAGAGAAAAUUUUCUAGUUCAUUUUUGUUUUCGAACAAAAAAUAAAUUCUAUUCUUUUUUUCAAUUUUUUCUAUUCUCUUUUCAAUUUCGCUCCAACUAACAUCUUAUUGGCUUGAAGGUCUACACUCAAGCGGCAACAAGAUUACUGUUUAUUUUGUUUUGUUCACCACAAAAAGAAUCAACUAAAUUGGGACAACUGAGAGAGAGAAUAACAGUAAUUUAAAUAAUCUUCUUCACAAUUGUUAAUCUUCUUCUUGAUUAGUGUGUUUGUCUUUCCACCAAUUAAUUAAAUUGCCAAUUUAACCAAAACAACUGAAUGAAUUGAUCUCUUCUCGCCUUCUUAAUAACCAUUAAUAAGGAUGUGAUGUUUUUGUUUUUCUCUCUCUCUCUAAUUAUCUUCGAGGUGUUAAUUGUUUCCAUCACAAUUUAAACUCAAUCAACAUGAUGAUUGAUUUUUGAUCAAAUUGUUUCAUGUAGUUAAUAAGCUUCAUACCAAAGUUUUUUUUAUCUUGUCAUCUCUUCCCACCCACAUACACACACUCACAUCUUUUUGUAUCAUUUUCAGGUUUUCUAAAUUGAUCCUGUUAUAUCCUCCCUUCUUUAACCAUAUUAGAUGUUUAUAAUUAUUUGGAUUAGACAGUUUAACAACCCAAACAAAUCAUCGUUCUUGUUGGUGUGACCAUUAUGUAAAUCGGAUGACGGAGAGAGGAGAGAGAAAGAGAUAUUUUGUUUUAGUGGAAGAUAAUCUAAUCUUUUUUACCUUUUUCUUGAUUUCUCUUUGUUAUCUGUUUGUUUUUUCCAGGAUUAAUCUUCUCUAUUUUUUAUCAGAAAGAUAUUAUAUAUUCCAAGAUAAAAUACCGGUAAAAUGUUAAGUGAUUACAACGAUUCAUCUGUCAACAGUAUGAACCGAAACACCAACGCCAAUGGUUUUAGUGAAAAAGAUUAUGAUGAAAUUGAUGAUGAUGGCGAUGAUUAUGCUACACCAAGUGCACAAAAUCGUGAACUCUCUCGAUCCCGUUUAACUUUGGAUAAGAUAAUUGGUGAAGGACAAUUUGGUGAUGUUUACCGUGGCACAUAUCGUACCCUUGACGAUUCACUUUUAGCUGUGGCGGUGAAAACAUGUAAACCAGAAUCGGAAAAGAUUAUGGGUGAAAGUUUCCUCGAAGAGGCUUACAUAAUGAAACAAUUUGAUCAUAAACAUAUCAUCCAAUUAAUUGGAAUAUGUUCACAAUCACCAUACUGGAUUAUCAUGGAAUUGGCCAGACAUGGUGAACUCAGAGCCUUCCUUCAAAAUAAUAAAGAUCACCUUGAACUGACACGCCUUAUAAUGUAUUCUCAUCAACUGUCAACCGCCUUGUCUUAUCUUGAGAGUAAAAAGUUUGUCCAUCGUGAUAUUGCCGCUAGAAAUGUUCUCGUCUCUUCUUGGGAUUGCGUUAAACUUGCCGAUUUUGGACUUUCACGAAUUCUCCAAGAAGAUUCUUGUUAUUAUAAAGCAUCUAAAGGAAAAUUACCCAUUAAAUGGAUGGCACCAGAAUCGAUCAACUUUCGCAGGUUUACCGUUGCAUCUGAUGUUUGGAUGUUUGGUGUUUGUGUCUGGGAGAUUCUUAUGCUUGGUGUUAAACCUUUCCAAGGUGUUAAAAAUAGUGAAGUUAUUCAUAAAAUUGAAAACGGUGAACGUUUACCUUUACCACCUUAUUGUCCACCUCGACUUUACAGUUUAUUGUGUCAGUGUUGGUCUUAUGGUCCAUCAAAGCGGCCAACAUUCCGAGAGAUUCGUCAAAUUUUAUUGGAAAUAUUUGAAGAGGAAAAAUCUCAAUCAUCACCAUCAUCAUCAUUCUCAGGUGAACCCUUUUCAAGUUUAACCCGUCGAGGUUUAGAUAAACAUUGGAGGGAAAACGCAAUUUCAUCAUCACCAUCAAAUUACUGUUCAAAUGAUGAUCCACCUCGAAUACCAAUUAAAAGAUAUACCGAUAGAAUCAAUUCCACCUCUUCCUCCCUUCCACCUAUUCCACCCUUAGCACCAUCGACAUACAUUGUGGCCACAAGUCCCGAAGUAUUAGCAAAGCUAAUGAACGACAAUGAGCACAGUAUUCCACCCGCUUGGGCCUACACCGCGCCCGCUUCACCUUCCAACACCUAUGCCAUUGAACCAGCUCAUCUUGAGGGACAGCAACAACAGGAAUCAAUUGUUGAAGGUAAACGUGAACAAAUUGAAUCUAAAUUAAAGCGACAACUCAAAGAAUCGGAAGAGGACUCAAGAUGGCUUCAACAAGAGGAACGUGAAAUGUUUGCUGCAAUAAGUCAACCACAACAACGACACUCAAUUAGUGAUAUGAGUGCUAAAAAUUCAUGUUAUGAACCACUGUCACCAACAAGUAGUAUUGGUUCAUUUCAUUCACUUGAUCUUUCAAAUCCUGAUUAUAGUAGUCUUUCCUUAACUCACACUAAAAGGAAACCAAUUGAAACCAAAUCAUCAUCAUCUCUGGGAACCAGUCCAUCACCAAGUGUUGGCUCGGUUACACUUCCUCAACCCACCGCUGAAUUGGAUCGAAGUGAAGAUCUAGUCUAUCGAUUUACCACCAAUGUGGUUUAUUCUGUUCGCAAUUUACUCCAAGGUGUCCAAGAAAGUCGAGUAAUUAACUAUACUGAUCUCGUUAAAGCUGUUGGUCUCGAGCUUAGAGGUUUACUAGCAUCGGUUGAUGAUUUAAUUGUAACCCUACCCCUCUGGUCACAUCGAGAAAUUGAAAUGGCUCAUAAAGUUUUAUCCAAAGAUAUGGGAGCUCUAAUCGAGGCAAUGAAAAAUGCUCAAAAGUACAGUCGAACAACCGUUGAAAGGGAAUAUCGAAGAGUAAUGUUACAAUCGGCUCAUGAUUUAGUCGUGGAUGCUAAAAAUCUAUUGGACACUGUUGAUUCAGUUCGAUUAAAGAUCUCGUUAGGCUCUUUCAAUGGCGAAUCAACAAUUAACCCAAAUUAACAUUAAUUCAUUGAACUAAUGUCAACAAACAUAUUACAUCGUAACAAAGAUCAUGCUGCAUGAUUAACUUUAUCAUCAUUCUCAUCAUCAUCAUCAUUCACAAUUUGAUGGCAGCAAUUUAAAUUGAUUGGAUCACAUUUUUUUCUGCAUCUUCUCAUGAUUUAACAAUUUAAGAAAAAUCUAUUCACCAGUUUCUUGUAUUAAUCGAUGAUUAAAUCAAGUGACAGUAAUUUUUUUUUAAUUAUCUCUUCACUUUUUGCCUUGUAACCACUUCUUAUAAUCAAUAUCAAGAUGAUACAAUAGACCAAAAAUGUUAAUUGUUGAUUAGAGUAAACUGGUUAAUCUAGUUUAUAGUUAAUCACCUUUGUUACAUAUGAUUUAUCAUGAUAAUCACUUUGUUGAUGAUUUCAGUUAUUUACACUUACAAUUUAAUUACCAAAUCAUGGCAAAGAUGAAGUUAAUUUCAUGAUUAUAAUAAGUGAUUUAAUUAAUUCCACCCAUUUUUUUGUUCAAUCUUAAAUUUCGUCUAUUAAAAUCCUCUAUUAUCAUCAACUAAUUGUCGUCAGAAUAAAAAUAAUGAGCAUAAACAA